AUGAUGGCGUGUUUUCUGAAAACACGUACACAAGAUGCUUCGAAAGAUAUCCAUCCAUACGUGUUCAAAUCAUUUCUUUGUAUGCAACUCAGUAAUCACAUUGCUGUAAUAUUUGAUUACAUCGUCUGCCGAGUUCCCAGCACAUCGCUGGUUACUUCUUAUUUUUCUUCGCAUUUACAAAUCUUUGCUGACUUCAUUUUCUCUGCAAUCGUCACCAUUUGUAUUGUUGUUAUGACAUCAAUGAUGCUAAUGAAAAUGAGAAAUCUGAAAUUGAUAGACCAAAACUCCAAACUGAAAUCGAAAGCAGAAACCACUUUGAAAAUCACAAUGUGCGUAAUUUUGAUACCGUCUAUGAUAAUUUUUGCGGUUCGUGAUUUACUGCAACCAAAUACCACUAAAUACUGCUUGCAGAUAACUGGUUUCUCUGCCACAAAGUAUGCGUCCUAUAUCAUACUCAUUCGUCCGAUUCUUCUGGAUUGCCGAGUAAAUAUUGUUUCGUGUUACUUUUAUAUGAGCCAUCCCUAUUUCAAAAGGAAGGAGACACCAAAAUCAGUCCAUUUGACGCCUUGGCGGACAAACUAA